AUGACGAUAACAUCUUCAAUUGCUAUGAUUGAGGCUCCCACUAUACUCAAGCAUAGUGGAAAUAGCUUUUCAUCGGAAAGACGAAUGUUCCCAGCAGUCUGGAUGAGAUCGGGUACAUCAAAGGGUCUCUUUAUCCACGAAAAAGAUCUCCCGUCAUCCCCAGAGUUGUGGGAGCCAAUAUUACUCUCAGCCAUGGGCUCUGCCGGUGCAAACUCACGGCAAAUUGACGGCGUAGGAGGCGCUACCUCUACUACAUCGAAGGUAGCUGUUGUAAAGAGCUCCCAGCAACCUGGCGUCGAUGUUGAGUACACUUUUAUCCAAGUGGCCCCGGACCAGGCCAAGAUAGAUAUGACUGGGAACUGUGGAAACAUUGCCUCUGGUGUGGGACCAUUUGCACUCGACGAAAAGAUUGUGAGAGCACCUCAAGGAAAGGAAGAGAUUGAUAUUCGAAUUUUGAACACAAACACUGGGCAGACCAUCGUGGAAACUAUUCAAGUCACCCCCGACGGCAGGUUCCGAGAGGACGGAGAAUGUCAUAUUCCCGGUGUCUACGGCACGUCUAGUCCAGUUAAAGUCGCUUUUAUCGACCCUGCAGGUAGUAUGACUGGUCGGAUGUUUCCCAGUGAGCAGCGGCAGGAAACCCUGACUGUUUGGUCUCGGUCCGUGGGAAAAUUCGACGCGAAAGUUAGCUUGGUGGACGCCGCAAAUCCUUUUGUUUUUGUUGACGCAUCGUCAAUAUCUAUCAAAGACCACCCAUCAUGGCCUGAUCCAAAUGAUACAUCCUUUCUAUCGGUGGUCGAAGAUAUUCGCCGGGCAGGAGCUUUGCAAUUUGGACUAGCUGCGGAUCUAGAAACAGCUGGACAAGUACGCGGCACUCCAAAAAUCGCGUUCUUGUCGCCCACGGAACAUGGUGACGAUGCUGAUAUUCAGGUGCUCGCGUUCACCAUGGGAAAGCCUCAUGCGAGUCUUCAGUUGACAGGCGCAGUAUGCCUUGGCGCGGCAAUGUCAAUUCAUGGAACUGUCGCGUGGCACUUGGCGAGCACGAAGAGAAAUGAGAGAGUUCCGAAGCAUGGUAUGUCUGUCGGUGGUCAUCGACUCGCGUCUCCGUUGCCAAUGGGCAUUCGGCAUCCUGCCGGGGUCAUUCAAGCUGAGACAACUUUGAGGUUGGAGAAGGAUGGCCAGGUUCACGUGGAUAAAGUAGCGGUCUUACGAACCGCUCGCAGGCUUUUUGAGGGUAAUGUAUUCUACAGAGCAUAG